AUGAAGAGGAAGACGAAGAUUGAGAGCAAAGACGAAACGAAAGAGAAUUUUUUGUAUAUAACGAGGUACAUCGGAGAAAGGCUAAGUCCAUCGAAACUCAGACAAUACAUGGACUUGAUGAGACUGUAUAGGUCUCGGCGUAUAGAAGGAGACGAUCUCAUCAGGUCUCUUCUGACUCUAUUCGAAGAAGACGAGACUCUUUCUCAAAUGUUCAACAGACUUAUGCGACAAGAGAUCCAAAAUUUGAAAAAGAACGAAACUCGGAAGCCGGUUGCUGCCUUUGAAGAAGGAGCAGAGAGGGAUAACAGGAACAGAAACAGGAGCAAAUCAAGGGAUGAUGAUGAGAUUGAAGAAGGUGAAAUUCGAGAGGAUCGUAGUGUUCGUCGUCGUUGCGAGAUUGGUCGGGAAGAAGCAGAUAUUCCCAUCAAGAAAAGAAGCAAGUAUAGACUUGAGCCGACCGGACCUGUGUUGGAACCUCAAGAAUUUAAAUCCCAAAUAAACGAAAAAUUGCGGGCUCGAUAUCUCUUGUUGGUACUCGCUAUGUCCGGAGAAGAAGAAGAGAACGCCGCCGAGCUCAAGAUCGGAGAUGAGUUUUUGAAGGCAAAGUGCUUAAUGAACUGUGAAGUCUCUUUGAUCCUUGAGCACAAGUUUGAACAGCUCCAGCAGGUCUCCGAGGAUCCUAUGAAUCAAGUUUCUCAAGUGUUUGAGAAGUCCUUGCAAUAUGUGAAGAGAUUUAGCCGGUACAAGAAUCCAGAUGCUGUUAGACAAGUUCGAGAAAUACUGAGCAGACAUCAACUCACUGAGUUUGAGCUCUGUGUUCUUGGCAAUCUCUGUCCUGAAACUGCUGAAGAAGCUGUGGCUAUGGUUCCUUCUCUUAAGACGAAAGGAAGAUCUCAUGAUGAUGAAGCGAUUGAGAAGAUGCUCCAUGAUCUUUCUCUUGUCAAGAGAUUCGAGUAG